CAAGAUCUCUUUUAAGUAUAUGCAUGGUUAGAGUUGUUCCGGUGCAGGCUUGUUUCUUUGUUGCAGCGGCUCGUGUGUGUAUACACCACGUGAGAGCUUGCACCAUGUACCAACUGUGUUAUUCUGGGUUGUGCGUGGCGUGGAAAUAGAAAUCGGCGCGUGUAAUCCCCUCGCAAAGAGCGCACAGCCCAGCGAGGCCACACUGGGCUCGAACUCGAGGCGGGCUCAGCCCACCUCCUCCUCGCCGCAACCGGACGCACUUGAGAGGAGCUCGAAAGCGCAGUGAGCGCGCGACCUGCUAGCGUUAGCUUGGCGGAUUGACUGUCAUCCGUGAAGGUGGUCGCGCUCGUUCUCACUGAAAGACCACGGAAUGUCUCAACGGACAAAUGCGGCGCGCGCCUGAAGAUCUUUUAGGAGUCGACAAACUCAGGACGAAACAUUAAAAGACGUGGCAUCAAGGCUUUGAGCUACAGGUAGGAGACGCUGAGAGUUGGGCCAGGAGUAUGACUGAGCAGCAGGAGCACGCCGAAGAACCAGGCCUGCUCCCCGCACAAGACGUGGACGCCUCCAAAGACGAAGACGCGCACGGACACCUCAGGCAAUUUCUGUUUCAUUUGAUUGAAGAGCUGUCCUAUGAAGAUGUCAAAAAAUGCUACCGUGGCUCGUGUGUGUCUUGCAGCGACUUGCUUCAGGCCAUGGAUGAGUGUGUGUGUGUGUACGGUGCCAACGUGCUGAGCCUGGUGCAGAGCUCGCCGCCUCUGAGGGAGCGGGUGGUGUCGGCGGUGAGCCGGGUCGGAGCGGCCGGCGGCUGGAGAGCGGGUUCCGGUGCCGUGCGACCGGGCCGGUCCACCAAGGAGCUGCUCAUGACUCUGCCCUGUCCCUCUGCACAGACUGUCAGCAAGUACAACUCGCAGUACCACAAACUGUUCCAGUGUGUGCCCAAGGAUGAGCUCCUUAUGAAAGUAUACUCCUGUGCUCUUCUUAGAGAUAUCCUCCUACAAGGCAGGCUUUACAUCUCUCGAAAUUGGCUGUGUUUCUAUGCCAACCUCUUCGGCAAAGAUAUCAAGGUGGCUAUCCCUGUUGUCUCUGUGCGGUUGGUGAAAAAGCACAAAACAGCGGGCCUGGUGCCCAACGGCUUGGCUAUCACCACAGACACCGGCCAGAAGUAUGUAUUUGUGUCACUUCUAUCAAGAGACAGUGUUUAUGACGUCCUUCGUCGGAUCUGCACACACUUACAGGUCAAUGGGAAGAGUCUGAGUUUAAAACAGUACAUGGAAGAGCCCACCUUAUCACUGGAUGAAUUCCCAACUCCUGAUGAAUUCCCAGUGGUGGAUGAAUUCUCGUCAGUGUUAAAGUGGAGAAGGAAGCCCUCGGUGGUGUCCGUGUCCUCGUCCCUCCCUGACCUGCUUGGGAACUCCAGCAGCAGUCUGAGCAAUGCAAAUGCAUCCUUCAAAUCAGAGCAGCCUCUGGAAGAGCGAGCCCUGCAGACAGACAGAGGCCUUUUAUCAGAGCCAGUGGCAGAGCUGGGCCAGAUGGAAUACCAGCUGCUCAAGUUCUUUACCCUGCUAAUCAUUCUCCUCAUCCUGUCUUCUUGCUACCUGGCAUUCCGUGUAUGCAGUUUGGAGCAGCAGCUCUCCUUUCUCAGCAACCCGCAUUUGCCCCUCAGGGAGAGGUAACGCCAGCUCCUCUAGAUGGGGCUUUGCUUUGGCUGCUGGUCGCGCUUCCCACACAGAUCCCUAAUCAUCUCCGAUUCGCCAUUGUGUGACGAAGCAACGCCAACCUAUCCCCAGUCACCUUAAGGACCAUCCCUCCACGGGACUGGUGAUCACUUGGAGACUAUGCAAGCAGACUCUUUAUUCUUGUCAAGUAAUGACUGUAAGGCAAGUGAAUGAAGUACAGCCAAUUACUUAAAAAGGCUGAAAGUCAAGGCAUUUCAAUUAUAGCUCUGCCUACUUUACAGUGAAACCAAACAACCCAUUGACGGUCCUAGCUUGUGCACUUUGAAAAACAUACAGUAUGUCCAUUUAAAUUUCAAAUGACUCUUAGAUUUAUAUAUUAGUUUCAAACUGUGGAUUUUUAAACACAUGCAGUUCUGAGGUUCAAGGUCCGUCCUGGGCGUUUGCUAGUUUCACUGUGGUUGAGUGGGCUUCCUCCAUGUACAGCGUAUCACAAAAGUGAGUACACCCCUUGCAUUUCUGCAGAUAUUUAAGUAUAUCUUUUCAUGGGACAACACUGACAAAAUGACACUUUGACACAAUGAAAAGUAGUCUGUGCGCAGCUUAUAUAAUAGAGUUAAUUUAUUUUCCCCUCAGAAUAACUCAAAAUAUAGCCAUUAAUAUCUAAACCCCGGGCAACAAAAUUGAGUACACCCCAUAGAAACUACGUACAUCCCUAAAUGUCCAAAUUGAGUACUGCUUGUCAUUUUCCCUCCAAAAUGUCAUGUGGCUCGUUACAGGAGUGCUGUCAGCAUUGCUGCAGAGAUUGAAGAGGUGGGGGGUCAGCCUGUUAGUGCUUAGACCAUAUGCCGCACUCUCCAUCAAAUUGGUGUGCAUGGCUGUCACCCCAGGAGGAAGCCUCUUCUGAAGACGGUACACAAGAAAGCCUGCCCGUCUCAUCAGACCAAACGACAUGGUUCCAGUAAUACAUGUGCUUUGUUGACAUGUCUUCAGCAAACUGUUUGCGAACUUUCUUUCUUUUCAUUGUGUCAAAGUGUCAUUUUGUCAGUGUUGUCCCAUGAAAAGAUAUUAGGGCUGCAUCUAUUGAUUAUUUUAGUAGUCGAUUAUGGAUGAACUAGUUUGUCGAAUAAUCGAGUAAUCGGAUAAGGAACAUGGAAAAAUUAAAAUACCUGAGCUGAGCCUCAAACGGUAUAAAAAAAUAAUUAAACAAGGAUCUACAGUAUGUUCAACAAAAGAACAAUUGGUUAACUUACAUAGCAUAAGUCCGCGAGCUUAAAUGCUGUAAUUUUUUUUUUUUUUUAAGGCACAUAUUCCCACAAAAAAACGGCUAAAUAUACUCAUAAACUAAUUUAUAGAUGCAUUGAAAAAAAAACAUUAGCUCAAACAAAAACUUAGCUUAUGUCUUAACAUGGAGUGGCUGGAUUCACCCAUGUGAAAUGAGGCAGACUAGAGGGCAGUUUAUCCACUUAAAUCAAUAAAACUGAAUGCAAACACUUUCAAAAUAAACAAUUUCAACGCCAAAUUAAUCAAACGAAUACUCGAAUCAGCAAAAUUCAAUUCGAAUCUUUUUUUUCUAAUCAAAUACUCCAGUUAAUCGAUUAAUCGUUGCAGCACUAAAAGAUAUACUUAAAUAUCUGCAGAAAUGUGAAGGGUGUACUCACUUUUGUGAUACACUGUACAUGUUGUUCCUCCCACAUUCCGAAUACAUUGCACGUUAGGUUCAUUGACAACUCUAAAUUGCCCAGAAGUGUGAGUGCGAAUGAUGAUGUGAAUGUUUUUCUGUGCCCUUGAAUCAAAUGAUGACAAAAAUUGGUUGAUUGUUCAGUGUUACUUUCGAACACAGGUACUAAUUUGUAAAUACAUACGUAUUUAUGCUACGAAGGAGGCGAGGUUGUGAAACUUGACUGAAUGAAAAAUAUCUUUUAACUGUAUGUAACAUACUGGAGCAAUAACACCAUUGUGUGUUGAUUACAAUGUGAAUGCAAUUCUUAGGUUACUAGGUAACAAAUGGCUGUUUAUAGAUGUAUUAAUCUGUUGUCAAAGAGUGGGUUUAUUUUGUACAUUUUAAAUGAAGUGCUGACUGAUACACUAAUAAGAAACUUAAUUUUUAUCGUUAUUAAUUUGUUGAAGAAUAUUGUCUUUAUAAUACUGACUGGUUGUUGUAGUUUAGUAAUUAACACCUUGCUGAUUAAAUUGGCAACAAACCAGAUCAGGAAUGCAUGGAUGUCUUUUCUAUCAAGUCCACACAAAAACAUUGUUGUAGAAAAGAAGAAUUUGCCAUAGCACCACACUAACAGUGGUUUGGAUUUCAUCUCUGAGUUUGAUAUUAAAUUAAACAACAGCUACUGCUAAAAGUUGCGGCACUUUCCAAAUUGUGAAGAAGAAGUAAAUGCGAUGACGUGGAUGUGCCAAAUUUCAAUAUUUUUUUUCAAAAUUGCAUAGAUGACAGGUCAAAUGUUUCAACUGAGAAAAUUUCAUAUUUGGGGAGGGGGGAGAAUUAUGUUGAUUUAAAUUCCACAGUGUCAACAUUUUUUUCAUUCCAUCUGAGUUGGACAAAAUAAAUAUUUAAAGAAUCUGAAAAAGGCGGGGCAAGGCCAUUUUUACCAAUUUGAGGUUCUUCCAACAGUCUGCAAAGAUUUAGGGACCGAAGAGACAAGUCUCUCAAGUUUAGAAAUAGGAAUGCGGGCUCAUUCUUUUCUAAUACUAUUCAAUUGUCUUGAAUGUUUUGAAUGUUUGGACAUUACACAUACACAGUAAAUCAUAUGAAUGCAGUAUGUAAUAUUAAAAAUUAAACAUACACAGUAUAAACGAUAUUUUAAUCAACAUUAACUAUAACAUGAUAUGCAUAGGUGGAGUUUCACUUUUGUGGUAGAAGGGGCAAAAAUGGUAAUGACCCCGAAACGCAAUAUUAGCAAUAAAACUGAACUAAUGAAUGAAAAGGAUACAGUAUAUGCUUGGAUAGUAGCUUAGCCCAUGCUCGUACAUACAGGCAUCCCAGCUGUGUGUGUGAGCACGCGAUUUUUUCUGUCUUACCUAGUGGAGAAGUAGACGUCGCAUUCUUUUUGACUAAAUAUUCCAGACAGGAGCAUUUAGAAUAAUACGUUAAAAAUGAGCGUUUUUUUUUUUUUUUUUUUUUUUUGCUUCCCAUCAUUUUUUUAGGGGUAUUCUAAAUCAGGCUGCUUAGGACAGCUAUGCUUUUGGCCAAGAUCGUCAUCCAUUGAAUAUGGUACGCCCGGUGGUGGAUGUACAAUUAACAUCUUUAGUGGGGCAAACUGAAACUCCACUCAUCAUUUUGGCGGUGCUCUCCGGCGUUUCAUGGUCCACAUCUUCAAUCCUUAGUUCUCGCUCAGUAGUUGUUGUUGCUUUUGAAAGCUUAGGUUUGAAAAAAAUUAUGUAUAUCCAUCUUGCCUCAUCUGUGUUCGGGGGUGGGGGGGUUAAGCAAAGAUAAUGACCAACUCUGAGGUGCUAGUCACAUGAUCUGUUUGAAAAAUAGUUUGGACCCAUUAUAAUUUUUUUUCUUCAUUUCAUUCAAUUUGGUUGUUUGGUUUGUUGCUUUACAAAUUGUAUAGACAACAUUUUACCGGCAAAGUCAAUUUUAAAUUCAUGUAUUGGAAAGCCAAUUACAUGCAAUGACAUUUUCGGCCACCAGCCUCCUCGUCCCCCCUUAAUCUCCAAAGUAUGAUAUGUAUGACCAAAUUGCUGCUUUUCAAAUACAAAUGUCAAUUAAAACAGAUAAGUCAGCCAUGUGUUAAUAAAGGGUGGUAUUGCGUAUUAUAUAUAAUCAGAAAAAGCAACACUUGAUGCCUAAUCUCCAAUUUGUCACAAACCCAUUUCCAUUCAGAAAUAUGAAAUUAGCGUUUUUAUUAUAAAUUUUGUAUUCAUUUUUUAAUUUGUAUUCCGUAUUCAUGCUUUGUUUCACUGAAACAGACAUUCAGGUUCCUAAAGAUGAAUUAAUCAAAACAGUCUUAUAUGAACUUAAUUUUUCAUAAUAUAAUAUUUUAAAUAUCAAACAAAAUAAAUAUCAGCAAACAUUACAGGAUUCAAUAUACAGUACCGGUGAAACUCAUGAGAUUAUAACACUGUAAUACAUUAAAAUUAUAUUUUAAAAUGUGUUAAUCAAAAUAUGUAAAUUGAAUUUCCAAACUAAAGAAUGACCUUUAUUUGUGGGGAAAAACAUGGAAUCAUCAUUAGGGGAAAAGAAUAAACAUGUUUGAAUAAAGAAAAGCAAUUUGAUUGAUGCUAUUACAAAAUAAUGACGAUAAUAACAGUAUUACUACCCAGUUGUACUACUGACAUCCACUAGGGGGCGUCUUUUCUUUGCAAGAAAAAGUCCAUUUUUUUAAUAUUGUACUGUCAUUUCAGAUGGACGACUGCGUUCUAACCUUAACUUCCCUUAACUGGGCAAUCUUCUUUUACAAACUAUGUGAUGCUAAUGGAACCAGAAUGUAGGAGUUAAACUGGCAGGGGCAAUAUGACACAAAAACUUUGCAAAAGUGAUUGACAGAUGGAGUUGGAGUGCAGUUGAGGUGUGGAAGUGAAGAGGAGGACAUCAGGAAGUGAGAUGAAGAAUUCCCUUAUUAAAUCCAGUGGUAAACUGCACCCAAUCAAUCCUGGACUCAAAAUGGAUUAAACUUUUUUUUUUUUUUCCUUUUUGAUCAGGUUUCAUGUGUACAUAUGUCUUUUGGGGGCCUCAACACGUCUGAAAAAAACAAUUUUGACAAAUGUGUGCAACCUGGUAAAAAUGUUCUUCUUUUAGGAUCCAAACAAAUCCCAGAACUAAACCUAGUAGCCUAGUGCUUCUGUAAAGUCAUAAAAGAUUUUGAAAUUUGGUG